UCACCGGGUCCCAGCCAGAGAUUCCCCGCCGUCACCCGGUGAUCGCCACAUAUCACUGACAGGGGAGAGACCUGUGUGUAAACAACACAGGUCUCUCUCCUGCCAGCAAUAACAUGCUGCUCUGAAAUACACACACACUUAAUAAAACCGCACACAGUUAACCCUUUGAUCACCCCAGAUGUUAACCCCUUUCUGCCCAGUGUCAUUAGUACAGUGUCAGUGCUUUUUAUUAGCACUGAUCACUGUAUUAGUGUCACUGGGGAUGUCAGUGGCAGUUAGUCAGUUCCUCCCUAGUUUCAGAAUGCCCGCCGCA